CCUCCAGUCCUCCACAUUCUCCUGCGAGCGGCUGAGACUCAACGCUUCGUACCAACUUCCAGGAUUUCCCCAGAUUUGUUUCAUCUCGAUAGUGUCAAACGCGCGCGCUGCGUUAAUAUUCAGACGAACCGCUGCGCAUUUGUUGUCGCUCGUUGAGUUCAGUCACGUUCGAGCAUCUGCGUUAUUUUGCAGGACGUUCACAUUUUUAAAGAUACAAAGGACGCGGUGGAUUCACUGGAGGCGAAUAAAAACAGACGGCUCCGAUCGGUCUGGAAACGAAGUGGCCUGUAUGACCUGGUUUAUUUGGAGGAUUUAAAGAGACACCCCGAUUGGAAAAAUAAUUGGGACAAGUCGACCUACUCCGAUCACAAAGGGGGUCCGCAUGACCUGAACGGCAUGUUGGUGCUCCGUAUGUUUUUGGCAAAACUCGCGCAUAGAUAGACAAAUAGAAAGUUUUAAAUGAUUUUCAAAAUCGUAAACUUAUUCCUUUUAAUCAGACUGUUAUCGAUAAAGACGCGAUAACAUAUUAAGUAUUUAUUUCUGUACCGCAAAUACAAGUAGUUUUUUCCUUACGCUUCAUUGGACGACUCUUUUCAUCUUCGGUUGAAAGUUAUUUUUUUGUCAUGGCUUGUUGGCUGUUCUCUCUCCUGUGACGACUCCUGCCGUGCGAUCGUCCAUUCCUGAUGGGUACAAGUGCCAGCUGACGACUCUUGAACCUUGCACAGUUUCCCCAUCUUUGUAAACAUUCAUCGCUAGAUACCAUGGAGCUUUUCUCCAGGAAUGUGGCUGGACUCUGGAUUAUCCUGUUGGAGUGCCUGUUCAAAACACUGGCGGAGGAAGAGGUCCUGAUGAACACCAAGGCGGAGACGUCGGAUCUCAAGUGGACAACGUACUCUCGAUCCAGAUCCGAGUGGGAGGAAGUAAGUGGUCUUGACGAGGAGAACAACAGCGUUAGGACCUAUCAGAUCUGUCAGGCUGACGGCUCGAGCAGUCAUUGGCUGCGCAGUAAGCUGAUCGAGCGGCGAGGGGCGUCACAGGUGUACGUGGAACUGCGCUUCACCAUGAUCGAGUGCUCGUCGAGAAACACGCACCACCGAUCCUGCAAAGAAACCUUCAACCUCUACUACUACCAGAGUGACACGGAUGAUGCCACGGCUACUUACCCUGCGUGGAUGGAGAACCCAUACGUCAAGGUUGACACCGUGGCUGCCGACUUCCUGCUCCGUAAAGGUGGAGAGAAGAAGUUUAACGUGAAAACGCUGCGUUUGGGACCCCUGACCAAACGCGGAUUCUACUUGGCGUUCCAGGCCCAGGGAGCGUGCAUGGCCCUUCUGUCUGUACGUGUUUUCUUUAAGAAGUGUCCGGCCCUCACACGCUCACUGUCCGUCUUCCCGGAGACGGUCCCGCGCUCGCUGGUCCAGGAGGCGUCGGGUCAGUGCGUGGCGAACGCCGCUCAACCUGGCCCCAAUCCCAGACCGCCGAAGAUGUUCUGUGGAGAAGAUGGACAGUGGGUAGACCAGCCCACUACAACCUGCACUUGCCUGCCGGGAUACGAGGCCAGCAUUGGCGAUCUGGAGUGUAGAGCGUGUCCCGCGGGUCAUUUUAAGAUGGGUUCAGGUCCUGGCCCGUGUUCUGCGUGUCCUGAUUCCAGUCACACAGGAGAGACGGGUUCCGCCUCGUGCGUGUGUCGCCCCGGUUACCAUCGCGCCCCCACCGACAGUCCUGAUACACCCUGCACACGUCCACCCUCGUCUCCCCGCAGCCUCGUUCCUCAGGUCAACGACACGUCUGUCACUAUGGAGUGGAGCGAACCGUUAGAGAGCGGGGGCCGUGCUGACCUCACGUACAGCGUGGAGUGCCGCAUGUGCCCGACCCCUGGGAGCCCCUGCACGCCCUGCACGGACGGCGUAACCUAUCGGCCGUCACAGAGCGGGAUACUGACCCGACGCGUCAGCAUCUGGGGUCUCCGACCUCACACCUCCUACAGCUUUAAAGUGAUGGCUCUCAACGGGGUCUCCACUCUGAGUGCGCAGGAGGCGGAGGGGGAGACCAUCAACGUCACCACCAGCCCCAACGUUCCUGUUGUGGUGACUGGAUUGAGGAAGAGCACAGCCACAGAAUCCAGUUUGACGCUGUACUGGGACACACCGACCCAAUCCCACUACAACAUCCUGCAAUACCAGCUACGCUACUGUGAGAAGGAGCGUGGCUCUGAAGAGAACUCCUGUCACUACAUGGAGAGCGACAGCAAUCACGUCGUGUUGAGCAACCUGCGCAGAGCAACACAGUACGAGGUGCAAGUCCGUGCUCGCACCUUCGCCGGCUACGGCAGCUUCGGUCAAGCUGUGGUCUUUCGUACACUGCCUGACGAAGACGCUUCAUCCUCUCCUCUGCUUGUUACUGGGGUCCUUAUAGCCAUGGGCAUGUUGCUGCUCAUACUCGUCAUUGGCGUCGCCAUCUACUGUAUCAGGAAGCAAAAUCACUCCAAAGAUCCCGAACUCAGCGACAAAAAUGGCCAGUACCUCAUGGGUCAAGGCGUGAAAGUCUACAUCGACCCGUUCACUUACGAAGACCCUAAUGAGGCGGUGAGGGAGUUCGCCAAAGAGAUAGAUGUCUCGUUUGUCAAAAUCGAGGAGGUUAUUGGGGCAGGCGAGUUUGGCGAGGUGUGCCGAGGACGCCUGAGGAUUCCCGGUAAGAAAGAGAACUACGUGGCCAUCAAGACCCUUAAAGGUGGAUACACAGACAAGCAAAGGCGGGACUUCCUGUCAGAAGCGUCAAUCAUGGGCCAGUUCCAGCACCCCAACAUCAUCCACCUGGAGGGCAUUAUAACAGCCAGCUGUCCCGUCAUGAUCCUCACCGAGUUCAUGGAGAACGGAGCUCUGGAUUCUUUCUUGAGACUAAACGAUGGCCAGUUCACUCCCAUCCAGUUAGUCGGUAUGCUGCGCGGUAUUGCGUCCGGCAUGAAGUAUCUGUCUGAGAUGAGCUACGUACAUCGCGAUCUGGCGGCACGCAACAUUCUAGUCAACAGUAAUCUGGUGUGCAAGGUGUCCGACUUCGGCCUGUCGAGAUUCCUGCAAGAGAAUUCAUCCGACCCAACGUACACCAGCUCACUGGGUGGUAAAAUUCCGAUCCGCUGGACCGCACCCGAAGCGAUCGCCUUCCGCAAGUUUACCUCCGCAUCGGACGUCUGGAGUUACGGGAUCGUCAUGUGGGAAGUGAUGUCAUUUGGAGAGAGACCCUACUGGGACAUGAGCAACCAAGAUGUGAUCAAUGCCAUUGAGCAGGAUUACCGGCUUCCCCCGCCCCCCGAUUGCCCCACCUACCUGCACCAGCUGAUGUUAGACUGCUGGCAGAAAGAGAGGACGGCACGGCCGCGUUUCGCCAACAUCGUCUCGGCACUCGACAAGCUCAUUCGCAAUCCAGCGUCACUUAAAAUCACCGCCCAAGAGGGGGCAGGCCCCUCUCACCCUCUGUUAGAUCAGCGCUCACCCCUAACGCCCUCCUCCUGUGGGACGGUGGGUGACUGGCUCAGGGCCAUAAAGAUGGAGCGCUACGAGGAAAGUUUUCUUCAGGCUGGAUACACGUCCAUGCAGCUGCUCGCUCACAUCACCACAGAGGAUCUUCUGCGUCUGGGAGUAACUCUGGCCGGUCAUCAGAAGAAGAUUCUGUCCAGCAUCGAAGCUCUCGGGAUUCAGAACAAAACGCCAGGGAACGUGUUGUACUGAGCACCAUGCACAUCCAGGAACGACUUGACUUCCUUUUUUACUGGAUCACUUAAGAUUGAUUAUUCACUUCCAAGACUACCUGAAGGGGACCAGUCCACGAGCCUGUCGGAACUAUCACUGUAAUACCACUAAUAUUACAAACUUUAUUGAGUGAUGUCACACGGGUUUCACAUGGAUGAUACCGAAACUGUUUCACUACUUCUGGAGCCACGUGGCACGAACUGACAGACAAAGACUGCGAUGAUGUCAUACUGUGGAAGUGGUGAUGUCGCGACGUUACAAGGCCAUGUUAAAGUAUUUCCAUUUUUGCAGAAUAUUUUUCUAAAGGAGACUUUCAUAGCAAAGAGAACAAGAGCGAGAACAACACAUAAGAAAUAUGACAUUUAUACACGAAAAUCAGAUUAGUGAUGACUUCAUCAUCCUUUGUAUGAAGGAUGUGCCAUAUGUGUACUUCCACGGACCAACUCAUGUACACGCUUACUGUGUGGUUACAAGUGUGUGUGUGCCAAGGAACGCGUAUUUUGUUUUUAAACGAUGCACUCGGUGUGUGUGUGUAUGUGAGUGAGUGUGUAAAAUAAGCACAAAAGGUCUUGAGCACUUUUUCUGAGAUAUACACAAACAAGGUGGACUAAAUGUUGUCAUAUGUGCUUAUGCGGUAUACACACACACAUGUUAGACCUGCGACACUUGACUGGCACUAAGAGACCAAAUAAAUUCAUGUCUGUUGUUUUGUGAGACUCCGAACGUCCUUGGAACGAGUGUCACCCGCGUUCUUUCAUUGUGGGAAAUGUUUGAACUUUAAGAUGGUGUCCGUCAAUAAUUCACCACGAGAUCCAAACGUCGUCCUUUCAUGCCACACAAGGGAUUAUGGGUAGGAGCAUUUGGUCUUCACAUUGGAGAUCCACAAGAACAAACCAGGGACUUGACUUUUAUUCUGUUGCCUCUUUUCUUUUGUAUAAAUAUAUCUUGAUUUAUGUAAAAAGAUUCAUUUUUGUAAGUGUAAUCUGUGUUUCUGUUACAAUAAAAGUUACACGUUUCAUUUUU